CUGGGCACGGCCGCCCGCCCCCCGGGCCGCCGAGAACUGCUCUACCCCUCCGUUCUGGCCACCGGGAGCAGCUGAGCUCGGGGCGGGCAAAGCUCGAGGGGACACGGGGACAUCCUAAAACGCUCCCAAAGAGAACACUCACCACCAAGGCCGGGACCGAAAGGCCGAGGCAGUGAGCGCGGCGUUAAUACAGCCACCAAGGAGAGGGGCGGAGCUGGCCCGAAACCAGCAGCCAACCAGCGGGCCGCCUGGAGGGGGCAGAACAGGAAAAGGAGAGCAGCCAAUCGUCAGAAAGACUGUAGGCGGGGCUGAUAUGGAAAGCCAAUUGCCGGAACGUUUCUGACCAGACUCACCUGUCAAACCCCGCCUUCCCACCUCGACCAGAGCCUCCGGUUCUACUUAAUUUGGAUCUGAGUGUGGAAGAGAGAGACCCUUCAGGAAGGCGAGAUGGGCACCAAUGCCUCUGCUCUGGAAAAAGACAUUGGACCAGAGCAGUUUCCGAUCAAUGAGCACUACUUCGGAUUGGUCAAUUUUGGAAACACAUGCUACUGUAACUCCGUGCUCCAAGCGUUGUACUUCUGCCGGCCGUUCCGGGAGAAUGUGUUGGCAUACAAGGCCCAGCAAAAAAAGAAGGAAAACCUGUUGACAUGCCUGGCAGACCUUUUCCACAGCAUUGCCACUCAGAAGAAGAAGGUUGGCGUCAUCCCACCAAAGAAGUUCAUUUCAAGGCUGAGGAAAGAGAACGAUCUCUUUGAUAACUACAUGCAGCAGGAUGCUCACGAAUUUUUAAAUUAUUUGCUAAACACUAUUGCGGACAUCCUGCAGGAAGAGAAGAAACAGGAAAAACAAAACGGGAAAUUAAAAAACGGCAACAUGAACGAACCAGCAGAGAACAAUAAGCCAGAGCUCACCUGGGUCCACGAGAUUUUUCAGGGAACACUCACUAAUGAGACUCGAUGCUUGAACUGUGAAACUGUGAGUAGCAAAGAUGAGGAUUUUCUUGACCUCUCUGUUGACGUGGAACAGAACACCUCCAUCACCCACUGUCUGAGAGACUUCAGCAACACAGAAACGCUGUGUAGUGAACAAAAAUAUUAUUGUGAAACAUGUUGCAGCAAACAGGAGGCGCAGAAGAGGAUGAGGGUGAAAAAGCUGCCCAUGAUUUUGGCCCUGCAUCUAAAGAGGUUCAAGUACAUGGAACAGCUCCACAGGUACACCAAGCUGUCCUACCGGGUGGUCUUCCCUCUGGAGCUCCGGCUCUUCAACACCUCCAGUGAUGCUGUGAACCUGGACCGCAUGUAUGACCUGGUUGCUGUAGUCGUUCACUGUGGAAGUGGUCCUAACCGCGGGCAUUACAUCACCAUUGUGAAAAGUCAUGGCUUCUGGCUGUUGUUUGAUGAUGACAUUGUAGAGAAAAUAGAUGCUCAAGCCAUUGAGGAAUUCUAUGGUCUAACGUCAGAUAUAUCAAAAAAUUCAGAAUCUGGAUAUAUUUUAUUCUAUCAAUCAAGAGAAUAACUUGGUGGAACGCGAGACUCAUUCACGCAGGGAAAUACUCAAAGCACUAGAGCCACGUUUCUCUGCAGACCUCCCCUCCCUCCCCUCAGCGGCCCGCUGAUGUCAUCAUUCUGACGCCCACUGGUCUGGCAGUGUUAAACUUCCUUCCUAUGUGUUUUUACAGACAGCACUACUCCUGGUUCUGUUUUGGUCUGAGGUAGAGUUAACUGCAGUCAGAUUAUAGUCAGAUUUAUAUGAAUAACUGCUAAUUUUAAGAUUGGGGUGAAUGUUAAUCCCACUUGUCAUGUCUGGCUAAACUAGAGUGAUAUUUCCUGUAAAUGUCACGGUCCAUACUGAGUGUUUGGUAGGCUUCCUGAAUGGUUUCCGGGGGCACCCCCUUUCCAUGCAUUCCUUUGACAGGUCCCUGGAAGCAUCGCUACCCGUUGUUAGCGUGCCUGCCUCCUCUGAUGGGAGGAGUUGGGUAGUUAGAUAUUCACCUGUUAGGGCUGCAACCAUAGCUUUAAGUUUGUGCAAGUGAAAAUGUUUAAAAGUGAGUGGCCUAGAUGCCGAAAUCAUCCUCCACAUUGGAGCAAGGUGAGGUAAGGCUGUCGUUGGUGGCCAGUGUUUGCACCCAACGGUGCUUACCUAGCUGGUAGAAUCCCAGGGGCUAAGACAUUUUGGAGCUCAGGGCAGGCAAAGCCAAGAGGAAGAUGUUUUUGUGGUCAGUGAGAAGUUACUUAUCUUUCUACCAAAAGCCACGUUUCAGGAAAAUAGCGCAAUGCUGUUCAUUUUUCGUAAUGAUUUUCUUUCAUCGGGUCCUGUAGUUGUAUUCUUCUCGUAUUUGGUAUCACUGAGCUUUCCAAGCUGUCUCUCCAAUCCUGCUAAUGUUUUGCAGUCAGUGGUACCAGGGCUGAGACACCAGCUGACUGCCUCUGGCAGGGCUCUCUCUAGCCAGUCAACACCAACAUCUUUCCUAGAUGAGGAAGAUGAUGAAUCAAAAACUCUGUUCACCUUGAUGACCAUCAGCAGAUUUUACAACUACUUCUUCUAGUACUUUUUUUAACAUUCAGUUUGUUUAUGGAGGCACUGGUGAGUGCAUUGUGAGGUGGGUCACAGGAAGUGUUAGGAGGUGGCUGGCGGGGGUAAGAUGGCGGCAGUUUCUCUGGCUCAGAUUCCUAGAAUGCUUGACAAGACAGUUUCCUGGAAGAACCUCAUCUCACCAUUUCCCCCUUUUGUUAUGUGUGUAUUUAUUAGAGCAUUUGCAUAUUGGUACCUUUUAUUAAAAGGGUUGACUUGGUGUUUUACCAUUGACUGGAUCUUGGUUUUCCAACAAAUACUAUGAGUCAUAGUCCUUGGCUUCCUUUUGGGACGUCAGAUGACUUCCACACACUAUACUAUACUGUGAACAUGUUAUGUUGUGCUAUGUUGGCGAAUGAACAUGCAAACUCGUGGCGUAAUGUGACCUCAAACUGCGGUUGAAAAUGUCAGUGGCCAUUUGCAGCAAUGAAGAGGAUAGAUAGCACUUUAUCUAGGUGAAAACUGGACUUCUUACUUCUGAAAUACCUUGAAUUGUUUGUGACUCAGAGCUUAAGCAUGCUGACACUUCAUUUGCUCAUGCUUGAAGGGACAUGUUUCAUUCUUCACUGGAGCAGACAAAACAGGGUUGUGUCAUGUUACUCUCUCAUGCAAGUGACGAAAGUGGACCUUGCUUUGGUUAGAGGCAAUGCAUAUUUAUAAAUAUUUUGUCUUUUUUUCCCCCUCCAUGAAGCAUAUUUAUUAAUUACUUAUGUUGGAGAUGAGCCUUCUUUAAGGAGAGGCACUUUUCCAAGUAUAAGUGAUUGAUAACCUGAGAUAUUUGUACACAUACAAACAUAUACUUGACUGUGGGUUACAAAGGUUAAGAAAAUGGCUACUGGUCUCUUAUACAUUUGGAGCUGAUCACAGAACAAAAACUAUUAAAACUAUCUUUGAAACAA